UUUAGCAAUGGUUUGAGUGAUAUUACGUAUAAUAUGAUUGAAUUUCCCCAGUUAAAGAUUUUAAAUGCUCAUUUUACUGGCGAACAUUUUAAAAUAAUCACCGAUUUUCUUCUUAAAGGCAUUGCACCCUCUGAAUUUUGGUUUGUGAAUGCUAUUGAAAAAUUGUAUAUAAAUGCAGUAGGUAAUGAGAAUAGUAAAUUAGAUUAUGCAACAAUGUGGCGAUGGGCUUUGGCACAAACAGCGCAAUUUUGUAUAGACAACCGAAUGAAAACUCCUCUUGGAAAAGCUUUACAAACUUAUAUUGCAUUCGAAAGAUUUCAUGAUCAUGAAGCUGGGGAUAUUAAGCCAGAAGAUGAUAUAUUGACUACGGCGGAACAAUGGUUUCGUGUUCGUGUGUUACUUGAAACCUUGGAAAUACUAGAAAAAUUAAUGUCUUAUGCAAGAGAUGGAUCAACAUUUGCUAUUUCUACCAUUAGUCAGGUAUCACAGCAAUUUUUUAUAACGAAUCAAACAAGUUGCUCGAGUUGGCUAUCGAGAAUAUAUUUACCAAUGAUGGCUGUCGCUUGCAUGAAUGGAAAUUAUGCUCAAGUUAUUAGGCUUGGUACUUUCACUUUAAGAAUUGCUGAACGCUAUCAGAGCAAUAAUGAUAAUUCUAAAGGAGGUAUAACUUAUAAUACUUUCCAGAAAAAUGUUGGAAAUGUUAUUUCUAUGUUACGUAUUUUGGAUUUGUUAGUUCGUUAUUCCGAGCCACUUAGUCCUCUCAUUAACUCAGAGAUGCAGCGCACAAAUGAACUGGUUUGGAAAGAAAUUUUGCCGCAACUUUUUGCGCGCCUGAAUCAUCCUCUGAUAACUGUUCGCAAUACAAUCUGCACUCUUCUUGAACGUAUAGCUAUUAUUUCUCCUCAUUCCCUUUGUUAUCCUGCUGUUGUUGGAGUGACUGAGCCAGUGGAGAUUAAUGAUGAUAAUGAUGAGGAUUUCAAUGAUGAACAAAAUUCAUUCCAAAAAAAUUAUCCAACUUUAGUUGCCAAUAUAUCUGUGUUUAUAAAAGAAUUUCAACGCAUUAAUAUGCUAAGUGAAGAACGUUGGAUAUUUGUUUUAUCCAAUCUUGAUCAUGAAAUCAACAAACGUGUUGCGCAAAUAGAAUUAGAGAGUACACGAACUUUUGCCAAUCCACAUCUGACUAAUGUUGAAAAUGCUAUAUAUAUAUAUAUAUAUAUAUAUAUAGUAUACGUAUUAAAUCAGAUUUUGCAGAUAUUCUAUGUUAUUGAAGAUUUGUACGAAAGAAGUUGUGGUAAAAAUUAUUUAACAGCAGAUGAACAACAGUUUCGUGAUACAUAUGGAGACCAAAUUGCUGCGGCAUUGGAAUCUUAUGAAAUAAAUAAAAGUGAACUAUCUAAAGCCUGGUUACCUUUUAAACAGUUAUUAUAUAACUUUACGCAAGGAUCAAGCAAACGACCUUCAUCAAUUUUACAAAUUGGUGAUCUUUCACCUUGUCUUUCGUCACUUUUUCAUACAAAAAUACCGUUGCCUGGCCAAGAGUCAGUCGAUUUCUGCGAUUUGAUUUUCAUCGAAAGCAUCAAUAAACAAGUCUUUGUUCUCCCCACAAAAACAAGGCCUAAGAAGCUUUCGUUUAUUGGAUCAGAUGGAAAAGAAUAUUCUUUUCUUUUCAAAGGCCAAGAAGAUUUGCAUUUGGAUGAACGUAUCAUGCAAUUUUUAUGCAUUUGCAAUUUGAUUAUGACUGAAAAGCGAAUAGAAUCGCCACCUUAUUCAGCAAUCACUUAUUCUGUAACACCACUUGGUUCACGUUCUGGUUUGAUACAGUGGGUCGAUGGUGCCACUCCUUUGUUUCAUUUGUAUAGAAAAUGGCAACAGAGACAACUGAACCAAGUUGGAGUGGAACGACCUAGCGAAUUGUUUUUCAACCGCUUGAAAAUUGCAUUCAAAUCAAACGUAAGAUUUUUCUUAGAGUUUUGGUUACGUGCUGGAAGCGCCGACACGUGGUAUCAUGUAACAGAACGUUUCGCUCGAUCAGCUGCGGUGAUGUCUAUAAUUGGCAGUAUUUUAGGUCUUGGUGAUCGGCAUUUGGACAACAUUCUUGUAAACCUUGAUUCUGGUCAAUUGAUGCAUAUCGAUUAUAAUAUUUGUUUUGAUAAGGGUCGUAUUCUUAGAGUGCCAGAAACAGUGCCGUUUCGCCUUACUGGUAAUAUCGUACAUGCACUUGGACCUACUCAAAUUGAAGUAUUAGGUACUUUUCGGUUGUCAUGUGAGCAUGUGCUUACAAAGCUUCGGGUGAAUAAGGAAGUUUUAUUGAGAGCAAUGGACGCUUUUAUUUAUCAACCUUUAAUCGAUUGGUCAUGCACGCACGAUAGCACUUUUUCAAAUACAGCUGUUGGUACUGCAGUAACAUUAGCUGUUUACGGUUAG